CUUCCCUACAGGGGAUUAGUUGAAGAGAGCAAUACUAGGGGCACUCGCCUCCUGCACUCUCCGGCCAACACUUCCGCUUUCAUUGGGCCACGUAAGCUUACUUUUUGGAGUUUUUGAAACGCAACGUCGUAAAUCAAAAUAACGUGGCCCAAUAAAAAUGGAAGUGUUGGCCGGAGAGUGCAGGAGGCGAGUGCCCCUAGCACUGCUCAGUUGAAGAAUGAAGAAUCCUUCUUUCUGAUUACAGACUUACAUUGCAAUACAUGGAUCCCUGAAGCUAUUUAUCUGCGGAGUGCAGAAAAUCUUGCCUUCGUUCUUCCUUUGACAAACCAAACUCUCCAUGAUUUUGCAGCUCCAUGUUUCAGCUAGCACCGCAAUAUACUCUGAAAGAAAGUAUUCAGAAAGAAAUUGGAGGGGCUUCUGUCGAGGAGAGAUGAUGCUUACUGCUGCUCAAACUGAUCAUUGUCGCAGUAGGCAGCAUCUCUCCUGCGACACAAGUCCCUGUGAAUCUCUGUUUCUCCUCUCCCCCUUUCCUCUUGUGCUAAAUAUCAUAUGUAACAAGAACGGCCUUAGAGAAAAUAAAUAAGGUUUUGUUAAUUUCCUCCAGGCAUAUUCUCUUAUGGAAAAACAAAUAUAUAAAAGAAAAAUGCAUUAUACCAUUUAAAUUAUAAAAUAUAAGUUAUUAAAUAAAAAUCUAUCAUUACUAGUGAAGACUUUUCUCUUGUACAAUUAUAAAAAUGAUUAUGACUG